AUGCAUUCGCUAAUAGCUCGCAGUCCGUUCCUUUCAUUAGUUACUAACGUUGACGAAUUCGACCGAGCUUUGUCGGACUACGUAGCUCAGGGAUAUGUCACGUCGAAAUAUGUGGACUUGUUUGGUUGCAAUAACAUUAAUUUGAGCGACACCGACAACUACUAUGCUCAGUACACAACCACAUUUCUGUGUAAUGCUAUCAUCCAGAACUCCAAGAAUGGAUCGUCGUGUGGUAAUGCCAACGACGAUGCCCGGCCGAUGUGCGCAUCUUCUUGCGGAGAUUUCGCGCUGAGUGAGGAAGCCAUCGUGGCCAGCAAUGACCUCUGUCCGGGCCGCAAUAGUAAUUACGCUACCCAGCUGCGAGCAGACUACACGAACUGCGGCCUCCCAGAACAGUCGAUUUCGGGCAGCUGUAUUACUGGCGCGGACAAUGAGCCAGACUUCUGUGGUUAUCGCAACAACCUUAUGGGGCUGUGCGAUUUCUGCCGACAAAGUACAGAGAAUGCGACAGAUUCUUGUUGUCUUACCUCGAAUGCGACCAACAUAUGCGAAGAUGUCAAGCUCCCGGUCUUUUCCUCGAUCCCAGGUCUGCUCGGUACUGCAAGCUCCACAUCAGCCACUGCCUCAUCGACUGCUUCGUCAGGUGCUGCCGAAGGUGGUAGUGGCGGCGGAGGUGGCGGUCUGAGUGGAGGUGCCAUCGCUGGAAUUGUCAUCGGAGCCAUCGUUGGCGCUCUGCUGCUCCUUGCGCUAUUGGCUUUCUGCUGUAUUCGGUACCGGCGUCGCAAUCGCGACAAACAGCAGCGUAACCUGCUCAAUCAGCCUUCGCCGCAAAGACGCGGUAACACCGCCUCCAGCUAUCAAGCCCAAGGGUCAUCAGCACAAGGAUACGAGGUACUUCCGGGAGGUCGAGUCGCCCGGAUGUCGGCGCUCCAAGACAACGAAGGCACACGCAACUAUACGGCCAAUACCGACCGUUAUGGAGGCAGUCCAGACUCAAAUGAGAAAGCCAUGGGCAUGAUCGGCGCACGGAAACGCGAUUCGCCGGGCUCACACCACGAGAGCUCGCCCUCGAGCAAUGACUUCUCGUCACCAGAAGGUGUCGCUAGUGGCCAGUCUGAGCAGUUGCCCUUUUUCAAGGACUACUACUCGAACGAUGACAUUUCUCCAGCAAGAGCUGGCGAUGAGUUCGAGCUAGAGCGUGGCGACAUGCUCAAAGUCGUUGGCAUCUGGGACGAUGGCUGGGCCACCGGUGUCCGCGUCAACGAUCGAGCAGAAGAUUUCGAAUCCAAGAACAAACCACAACGAGACAGCGGUGUGUCCAACGGCUCGAGGAGAGAGGACUCACCAACGCCAUCUGGCGAAAUCAAGGCAUUCCCACUGGUCUGUGUCUGCUUACCUGAAGCCUGGAAAAAGACCGUUGAAGGCGACACAUCAACGGAGAGCGGCUCUGGUGGUCCUCCUACGGUGUGA